AUGCCAAAUGGAAUGACGGUGGCCGCCGGUGAUUGCAGCUCGUCCGAUGAUCAGUACGAGACUAUUGUUGCAAGCCAUGGCUUUGAAACUGAAAGCAUUUUCGUUGAGGUCCGUAUUGUUGCAGCUGGAAAAGAUGGACGUUCGGCGCUCAGCUUUGGCAUUGUUGGCAGUGACUUCACGGAAUUUGACGCUCCACUACGCGAUAAACUGGAUGUCAAAUGGAAGACCACGGAAGAAAUACUGGAGUGGGGUAUAUUCGGAGUAUUAUUUGAUUUCGAAAAGGCAACAGUAACUGUGUACUCGGACCGCUCGGACCCUGAAGUGCAUCACGUUAACCUUUCGAUGAUCACAAAGCCAUUGUAUCCGGCAGUGUCGGCGCUGUGCAACGGUACCGUUUACGAUGUGAACUUCCAUGCGCGUCCUCGUCUGGAGCUACCACCGCAUGUGUUUUACCCAGCAACAAAAUUCCAGAAUCAUCUCAUGUCUUCGUCGAACGAGCUUCAACUGGGAAAGAGCUUACAGCUACAAGUGCAUUCAUGCGACGGCGGGGAGUUUAGCAGCUCCCACGCCGCUCGUAACUGUCUUCUGGACGACACAACGGUGUAUAGUUCCGCAAAGGGUGCAAACGUGAAUUUGGUGCUGAAGCACGAAGUUGACACUCCGAUGUGUAUCAGCUACAUCAAUAUUCGAGGCCCUGGCCCCGGUUAUUCGAGCCCACUUCGAUCCGCCGUCGUAUUUGUCACCAGUACCCCUCCCGACCUAGCGGACUACCAGGAGUUUGAUAACAUGACGGCGGAAGAAUUCGCGGCUUUGCCGUUCCCUCCAUGCAAUGGGUGUUGCCCUCGCGAUGAAACCAAGCCUGUUGCAUUUUUCGUAUUGGACGGUAGUUGCGCUCAGAUUUCCAAGCAGCUGGCUUGCCCCGUGACCGGUCGAUACAUCAUCGUUAAAGCAAUUUGUCCGUCGGCAGGCACAAAUAUCGACAUCGGAUACCUUGGGUUCUGUGGUAUUUUCGACCGCGACAACGGACCAGCGUACAGUGAGAGCACAACGUCGUCCUACAGUUGUGAGGAAUGCAAGAAAAUGCCGUUAUGUGGGGCGUAUUACGGCCAGCGCGACGAUGACAGCAUCAAGCUAUGUGCUGCGUGUUACGACGAUAACCGUGGUGACUUAGAUUCUGCAUACUACGUCUACACGUCCAGUGAAUCUCAGGAGGAGCAGAUGGAUGGGAAUACCUUACUGUGCCCGCCAAGGAGGUCGUGGAGUGAUAAGAUGGCUGCCCUCAGCGAUGGCUUGACCCGAUCCAAACCGUCAAGUACGACGGUCGGUGACGGCAGUGGUGGUGCAGCAGUAUCCGGACAAGCUGGUAGGACCGAAAGACUGCUUAGUGUGGCGAGCUUUGACGACUGUGAACUCUUCUCGUGCGGGCAAAAUAACUACGGCGAGCUGUGCUUGGGGCACUGCAACUCAACGAGCAAGUUAGAGCACGUGCCUUUCUUCUCUGCGAAAGCCAUUCGUGACAUCGCUGGAGGGAAUGAAGUUCUCGCCGUCGUGAUGAAGGACGGUGCUGUUUUCACUUGCGGACUGAACAAAAGUGGCCAGUGUGGCAAUGGAACAUUCGAGGAGCGAGUGAUCAUAGCUACGCCCGUUCGCGCAUUGAGCGGGAUCGUCAUUAAUAUGGUCGCUGCGGCGAAUGGAUGUGAGCACAUGCUAGCUGUGGCUUCAGAUGGCGCUGUUUACUCUUGGGGGUACAACGACCGGGGACAGUUGGGACUUGGGUCGACGAUUUCGAAGAGCCACACACCUCGAAUGAUCGAUAGUCUUCGUGAGAAGUAUCACAUUACGACGGCCGCUGUAAGCUACCACCACAGUGCUGUCGUUUCAAGCAAUGGCGAGUUACUGAUGUUUGGAAUGAACGAUUGCGGACAAUUGGGUCUCGAUCACACGCAACACCAACACACCCCGCAAUUGGUGGACUCCUUGUCGAGCCAAGUGAUCACUGAAGUGGCGUGUGGACUCUACCAUACAAUUGCUAUUACUAGUGGUGGAGAAGUUUACUCGUUUGGAAAGAACGACUACGGGCAGCUGGGCUUAGGGCAUGCACGGAAUAUGAAGGUGCCAACUCUGGUAAAGACAUCGCUAGGAGAGAGUGAUGAGAAAAUCGUGGCUGUAAGCUGUGGGUACUACCACACUGUGACCAUCAGCGAGAAAGGCAAGCUUAUCACAUGGGGUCGUAAUGACUACGGGCAGCUCGGGAUUGGAAGCAAGGAUCACAAGAAUAGUGCCCAGUACGUACCGUUACCUUUGUCAUCCAAGAUCAAGACUGCAUCCUGUGGGUGCUACCACACUCUCAUUUUGAUGUCAAAUGGACGCGUGAUGGUGUUCGGACGCAACAACAAGGGCCAGCUCGGAGCGGGGUCAAGGACACUCCCAUCGGCUGAUCUGCCUUUGCCCGUUCCAUCGAAUUCACUGGCAAACGACGAAGUUGUUCGCAUUGCAGCAGGAUUUUACAGCUCCUACAUUCUCACUGGGCGCUCAGGCGAGGGCUGCGGACUUGAUGGUGCACCGGACGAUGCAAGCCAGGCAAAAGACCUGCCAGAAAAUAGCUGUCUUGUGAAUUCAGAUGCGCUGUUCGAGUCGCUGAUGAAAGAGAUCGACUCCAAGCACAUGACGGAUGCUGCGGUGGUUAAGCGGGCCCCACUUCAGAUCAAGCGCAGCUACCCCCAGCGCAAACUGCCUCUUGUGAAGUUACAUGCAGCUAGUUGGGCAAUGGCCCGUGCUCUCAUGUAUCGGUCCCUUCAAGAUGCCAGGGACAACGGCAGGAAUGACUCGUCGUCUAGGCGGAACCGUGUAAACCCAGUGCUAUCCAUGUUCAUCAGCUUUUUGCUGGAAAGCUUGAAACUGCUGCAAGACGAUGCAGCUGUGAGUGGAAGCACAAGUACAAUGCUAGCUUCGACUGCGUCUCACGAGUUGGGUACGUGCGUUUCAUUGAAGCGCGUGUGUGUUGGGCUCCUACAUUACUUUGGAGCCAAACUUACGCUCCCUUCACCCACUGCUGGUGUGGUGGUGCCUCCGGACGCUCUUCAUGGUCAUUUCUACCGGAAUCAGAUCCUGAGUGUUCUACUUGCGUGUGGCUCUGCGAACACCAAUGUCGGCUCCAUCAUUGCAGCUAACACGGAGGUGAUGGCUCACAUUAUUAGUGGAAUGAAUUCACCCGACUUGGCAUCGGCUACUGUAUGCAUUCGACUUGGGAUGCUGGUAUUCCCCCAGCACUCAGUGUCUGCGCUUAACAAGAUCCAUCGAUCUCAGCAGUCAGCCCCGGUGUUUUCGGGAGAUAUCAUCAACAUGCUGAUGACGUUGGUAGGACUUCCGCUUCUGCUUCGUCCGCGUCUCUGUUCGCAUGAGCUCGGCUUAGAGUGCUCAAGUACAGCACUCUGCCAUUCGGCUCGAUGUUUGAAGGGGGUUGCCGUGACCAAGGAUAUCGGAAUCGCCCAGAUCCAGCAGACAACCCUCGAGAAAGCUCAUGUAGCGGAAGCUAAAGCGGCCGAAGUGGUGGCACUUUUGCGGUAUCUUACCCUUUAUCCGACGUGGAAGGUUGCAAUCAACGCCGCGAUUAACCGAGGUUUUGCGAAGUCAAACAGCGUCGGUGAGCUGCUGGACACGAUUUGCCUUUACUACUCGAAUGUUCAGAAAGCGGAUGGUGAGGCACGCCAGACCGACGUUCUUGGUGGAUUUAACCGAGACCCUGAUUCAACUUCUUUGAGAAAGCCCGAGUCGACUACACCUUCACCUGAAACGGACGAAUCGAUCAACAACGCACCAGAUCUCAAUGCACAAGCUGACGACACUGAGAAUACCAUCCGAGAUAAACAGUCGCUAAUGCUCUGGCAAAAAGCAAAGGAUGCACUUGAUGGGCUGGCAACAGUUGUAGCGGCAGUGAGUAUUGUUGGAGGCCAUGUAGAAGGCUUCAGAGAAGGCGGAUCCGUUUCGCUCGAAGACGAUAGAACGCAGGGUUCGCCAAAACUAGGGGUAUUAUCUGGAAUUUCAAGGGACCCGCGCACGGCUGAUCUGUUGGCGCAUGUUGUUGUCGAGACUAGCAAUGAAGGAUCGGUAUCACCGCUGAUCAAACCCGACGCACGCGCACAGCCAAUCCCGCUCACAAAACUUCAGGUUGUCGAGCGCAUUCCGGCUCUUGUGGAUAUGUUCGAUGAAAUUGAAAACAUCAUCAUGACACUUUCGAGAAUGUUGUCCGCAUCUUCUGCUGAAGAGGAGUGCGGUAUGAACUGCGAUCUGGAUCUACCUCAGAACAGCGCAGUGCAGGAAGUACUUCGGAGCCGGUUGAAAAUGUACAAGCAACAGCUUCGAUGGCGAUCGUCCAAGGCGUUGUCCUCCUUACUGAAGCAAAUCCCAUCCCUAAGCCCGACGAUCAUGAGUAUGGAUUCUCAACUGGUGUCAAGCCUAGCUUCGCUGCUGUCAUCAGAGAAGUCACUGUCGUGGGCAAGCAAGUCGGAUGUCUCGGGGCUUGAAACGUCAAAUAUUCUUCAGAAACGGUGGCUAUGUGUUAAGCAGCGACAAGUCUUCUUAAGCACAGAAAAGGUGAUUGACUCAGCGUUGGAUCAGUACGAAGCGGAUAUGCGGGACGAAGUCGUUCAGAAGUUGGGAAGCGAAAACGCGCUAAGCUGGGGAAUGGAUGCGAUCCAAUCACCUCGGCGUAAGGUUAGCCAUCCGUCAUUUGCAAGUUCUGCACCUGCAGGCUUCGGUGCAAACGGGUUGCGCGGUGCUACUCAGCGCUCCGACAGAUCCGGCGAAGGAGACCUGCCGUUCGGUGCUUGGGGUGUCUUACUGCCUUUACCCCCACUCAAUGAGAACGAGCAUGGCCACGCGCCUGGUGCUCCUGGGAAUUCAGCAAUUGACCACACACCGUUCCCACUGACGGCGCCAAUAAUUCGGGUCGGUCGUGCUGCCGAUGCUUGUGACCUCAUUGUGAAUGACCGCAGUGUUAGUGGACGUCACUUCCACUUGCGUCGUUUGCGACGAGAAGCUGACGGAACUGAGGAGCAGUUUGAACUCCAGGAUUUCAGCAAGAACGGCACGAUCGUGAACGGAGUCCGGAUUCAUGGAUCCAGCACUCGGAUUACAAGCGGGUCUCGUAUAUCAUUAAUCCUCUCUCGAGGUGGCCUGGUGACCUACGAGUUCCAAGUUCGGACGUCCGGUGGAGGCCGCCACGCACCUCCUCCUAUUGUUACGACGUCGCAAAACCCAGACGAUCUUAAUAUUUUGAUCCCUGGGCAGGAGUACCAACAACCACAGAUUGGAACACCCCAGAUUGUUCCUCGGAGUCCCGCAGAGCUGCAAAAUCGCGGCUCUCCAGGAAACUUUACCCCAUCGGAGAGUCUCGUUGACGGGCGAAGCCGACAGACUGUAACACAGGGUCUGCGUGUAAUUACCUCUGUCGCAGAGAGUGAUGUCCCUCGAGCGUUGAUAUCUCCGAACCCUGCUGUGGACUCUCCUCGAGCUGGUGGGUAUACCUCUCCUCGCUCUUCUGUGCUUCAAGCCCCAGGCACCCCUUCUGUGGGACCUCCUCCAGCAAAUAUGUUCUCCACAAUGGUACCACCAGGUAUUCUGUCCCCCGCUUCAUACCAGCAGCGUGAAAGUUUUGCGCCAAACGAAUCAACAGCGAUAACAUCACCACGGCAAGAGGGAGGCGUCGGGUCGAUGCUUCGCAUUGCGCUAGGCCGCGACAGCGUAAACCGCGAAUCGAGGCCAAACAUCCCGAAUGAACUCGCGAAGACCCGCGUGCUAAGGUCAAGCGGUGACACCGGCGUAGCCACGCGUCUGAACACGGCGUCUGGCUUCCAGGAAAUGCAAGUGCUAACUCUUCGUCUUCUUGCUCGAGUUCAAGAAGCGAAUAUAGCAGCCAGCGCUACCGAGUGCGAGGAGGCCCUCCGCAUGACGGCUGGUAGUAUGGACGAAGCGUUUUCGGUAAUCCAACGUAGUCGUGGUUCAGACUCGCGUGUCUACCCUUCAAAUGUGCGUCACUUAGCCACGGUGCUAGGAAGAACCGAGCCAGUGUGUGCGGAAGCUCUUCGUCAAACCGAUAACAAGUAUGGCGAUGCAUUGCGCUUGCUGCUGUCAGCUAGAGGUGCAGAGCUUGAGAGUUCAGUGCUUUCACCCAGGCACCAAGAUACUCUCACCACAAAGGGGGGUAGUAUGACGCCUUCUGGAGUUAAUGGACCAGUAGCGAGUGAGCCGUUGGUUAACUUCCAAGACAUUGGCGACGAAAACCCAAGUUACGCUCUGACAGAAUCGAGCGCAUUGUGUCCCCCUGUGCCUCAACGGAUCGGCACCAGAGGAAACGGAAGUCCGGUAAAAACCAAGAAAAUGGAAAGCCUCGGUACGACGUGCUUGGAAUAUCUGCCGGCGAAGACGGACCUCACGCUCUGGAGUGAGUGCAACAGCAGCUUCGAUGACGGCGUUCGACAGAUGAAUUCGUUUGAGAUCGACCUAGAGGAAGAGACGCUAUGCGAGCGUCUCGCCGCAAUUCACGCACGCAAGAUCCUGCUUCAAAUUGUGAGGCUAUUCCAAAGCGCAUCACAAAAUGGGGACGUCCAACUGAGCGAACUCGGCAAUCCAGUGGUGCUUCGGCGGCUAAUUUCGCUCUUGAAUGCGCCCAGUCAGAGCAAUACGAGCACUGCAUGCGAGCAAGAGUACCAGCUACAUCAGCAGCCGAAGGCACAAAAGAGUGGAAAGGUCCAACAGAUCCUCUCGCGCAUGGCACGUGAGGUGAUGGCGCGCUCUCCCACGCAAACGUUAGCUGGGAACCUGAGCUCAUCCCAAAAUCUAUCGACGCUGCAGCGAUCAAUCGAUCAAAUGACGGAGCACCCAACGAAAGUUGGCUGGUCAGGCAUGAGUCGACUUGUUGAGGCUCUUGUCAAGAGCGACCAGAACAGAGUCAACGCCGGAGAGGAUAUUAACGACCAAAGGCUCUCUUGCACACUGGAGAGCAUCACAUUCGAGACGAUCCUGCACAUUCUUUCUCGUACGCAUGCAGCUCCCGUUACGAACUUAAACUGGGAUAGCUCUCCCCUUCGAGUCCGCAAGACUGAUGGAUGUUUCCCCAAGGGACCGAUGUUGCUCUCGUGUGGUCUUGAAGUCUUGGUAGUUGAUACAUACGAACGCUUAUGGAGCAUCCCACCACCGGAUCCGCUACUCAAGCAUCGGCACAAGUGGCGGAAGCGGUUUGCAUCGUCCGUGGGCAAUGAUAAUGCAUGGAUGAAGUCAGCGGCAGAUCAUGCGGUGACAGUUUGGCGGCCAACAUUGCCAGCAGCGCUCGAGUCUGCAACGCCCGGGGCUAACAAGUGGUAUUGCCUGGGUGACGUUGUAAAGUGUGGCAAUGGAGCCCCGGAUGCGCCUAUGCUCCUUUUCAGCGACUCCGAGGAGCAAGGGCUUUUACUGCCACCUGUGAGUUUUGAACGGGUCGACGUUACCGGCAAAGGCUUGCCCCGGAAUUCCGAAAGUGAUCCGGACUUCCAGCGCAAGCAACUACGCUCGAUAUGGUGGCCUGUUGCACCGCCCGGGUAUGUGGCAUUGGGCUGUAUUACUGGGAGCAAGGAAGACCCCUUUGAACCUCCUGACGUUUCUAGCACGCGCUGCGUACGGGAAGAUCUCGUCAAGCCUGUUGACGCGUUUCAUUGUGUGUGGCGCGCAGCUUCACCUGCCUCGACAGGGGGUGGAGGUGUCGAGCUUCCAACAACGAUCGAGGUUGAGAACGAAGCUCAGGAUGAAGAGAAUGCGGGUGGCGAGAACGACAACUCUGGCCAGGCUCGUGGUACUAAGAACCAGUCUAUUGACACGUCUCGGAUGCAACUACUGCUGCCAGUCGCCAACGAUGUAGUCGUGCAGACUUCUCUUUGGGCCGUCGAAUCUGACUUCAGCAGCGGACUGCUGUUGCCUGUUGUCACACUGAACGACGAAAACGCUGGCGAGCCUAGUACUGCAUUUGCGCUAAGUCUCUCGGACGAAGAUCUGGUUCUGUGCGCACCAGUUAGUGUUGACAAUGUGCUCGCCUUCGUCGAAGUUUUGCUGAAGUACCACAAGCUGUUGCCGAGUAUUCCCCAAGACAAACCGACACCACCAACACAGUUGCGUUCCGAGCUGCCGGCAGCACUAUUCGCGCUGGUGCAGCAGGUAUUACGCGAAAAUCAACCGUCAAGUGGCCAGGCUGCCGUCUCGCUUGUACGAUCACUUAUUACGGUGAUUCAGCGAGGUGGGCACUGGUAUGACAAGCAAGCCCUUCUGUACUGCCGGUCCAAGAUCAUGGCUCUGAGUCAGGACCAGGAUGGCGGCUUCACAUUGCAUGCCCUUCUACAGGCUUUUGUGGAGUUAAUGCUGGCGGUGGAAGAUCAACAACGCGCGCAGCGUGUACAAGAGCUUGCAGCUUGUCUAGAACGUGAUGGCGGCAACUCGCUGAGCCUCCCGUAUGGAUUCCACUUUGCGAAGCAACCGUUCGUGGAGAUGCUGGUGAGUCAUUCGUCAAAGAUGGCAGUCACUCGGCACCUGUCGGGAGAAGAGCGUAAGUUCUUGCUGGACUUCCGUGCUGACGAUGGGAGCAAUGCAGCAGCCAGGGAAGCACUGGCAGCUGAGGGACUUGGAGCGCCGCCUGGAGACGUGUAUUCUUGCCGAUUGGAACACACGCCAGCUCUGGUGAUGACCAUGCAGGAUGAAGUGAAGGCUGAAAUCGUGUAUUUUGAAGUCACUGUCGUGGAGUGGAGCACCAGUGCGAACAUGGGUGGCUCACUUGCUGUGGGAUUCUCGCCGCCUUCUUUUCCUCUGGAAGGAGUAUUGGUGGGCGGAAGCGCUGAUGGCUCACGGUCUUACUCUUUCACGCCGGCUAGUGGGCAAGUUCUAUCUGCUGGAGAUACCAGCGUAGAUCGCUGGCGUUGGGUAGAACCGGCUGGUGCAGUGAGCCCUGGUGACGUGUUUGGCUGUGGCUUACGCCUGGACACGCAAGAAAUUUUCUUCUGCAAGAAUGGCCAGCUACUAGGCACAGCCUUCUCAAGCAUUUCACGUCCUCAGCAGCUUCACCCCACUAUUUCCUUUAACGCCGAUUGCAAGCUACUGGCUAACAUGGGAGCUACAGCGACUGCGUCAGCGAAGAACGCCAACUUCAGCUUCCGUUUCCACUCUUUGGAUUGCGACAACCUUAUGAGUGCCUUCGAGUGGUUCGAACCACUAAGCCAGGUUUACGGUGUGAUGAAGGCACUCAUGGAUCCGGCCAGACCUAGCGAAGUGACAGGAACGGAGGAGGUUCCUGAAAACAAUGAAGCUGUGGCUCAACUUCCGGAUGAGUUUAUGCUCUCUGCCGACAACUUUUUGUCGGACAUAUCGGAGGAUGUAUGCAUUCGCGUGGAGAGUGCGCAUCCUUACGACUUGGAACUACAAGAAUCUCUUGUCAGUAUUCCUCUGGCAACCAGUAUUCGUGUCAGGCUUGCUCCUCAGAGCGAAACGGCCAGUUCCCACUGCCUCCAGAUUUUGCAAGGAGGGGGUAAUGCCGGAGGUGAAGGUGGGGCCGAAGAGACGACAAGCGGCGGAGGCGAAGCUGAAGUGCGUGCUUUCACGGGCUCUUGUGGAGGCCAGGAGGUCACCAUUGAUGGUGACAGUUUCGUGUGGCGAUUCCCUGUGCAGUCCAACUUCCAAUGCCGAGUGGACCGCGUGCGCAAAGGUCCAUAUCUGAAGCUUGAAGCUCGAGACACAAGACUGUCACUUGUGCGCGACAAGGGCUGGCAAACUGCAAUUGGCGUGGCGCGUUUCGAUGGCGGGGUGCAUAUCUGGGAGGUCCGGAUUACCUUUGUGACCGCGAGUUCGAACAUCUUCCUGGGUAUCGCUCGUAAGGAUGUGCGUCUCGACUCCUACCUUGGAAAAGAUAACCGCGGGUGGGGCUGGAUCGGCAACCGUGCGCUUUGGCAUAAUGGCAGUAAACAACGAGGUACCUACGGUGACAAGUUUAAGACGGGGGAUGUUGUCCGACUCACGCUGGACUUGCGGCGUGGAACUCUUAGCUAUGCUCUCAACGGGAAGGAUUUGGGCGUCGCUUUUGGUCCUGGAGGAACCGGUCCCAAACUCGAAGGCACGUUCUACCCUGGGUUUGCUUUGUAUAACCAACGCGACUCCAUUGAUCUCAUCGGUGGCCACCGCGUCGAAGAUGGAGGUCUUGAACCUGGCUUACCCCGGACCGGAAGCGGACUCGCAAGUGGAGAGGACUCGUACUACAGUGAAGAAGAAGAAGAUCUGGGAGGGUUUGUAAGCGGCGAGGGGGGUGUAGGUGAUGGAGCUAUCCCGAACUUCCGGAUGGAGUUGGGUAUCGCGCUAAGUCAGAUGGGCUUCCCAAUGGACUGGUGUAUCUACGCCCUACGCCACUGUGAGGAUGAUGCUGAGCAGGCGGCAGACUUCAUCUUAGCCAACAUGCAUGCAAUGGAAGCACUCGUUCGGGAAGAAGCCGAAGCAGUCGCGCGCCGCGCCCGCCAUCGUCAGAUUUUGCAAGAACAAGCACUAGCUCUGUCCGAGAAUUUGGACGGCGAUGUGUCAGAUGCGACUUCCAUCCCUCCACCACCACCCAUUGAUGGAGAUGUUGAUGCCGUUCGAGCCGCAGAAGAAGUCCCUAUCGGUGACACAACAGAGCUUCAGCAGCAACAGCAACAGUCGUCUGGGGACACCAAAUGGGGUGUAGCGUUUACAGUCGUUCCGGAAUUCUCAGUUACCGGACGUCGUUUAUUGGCGACCAAGUACAGCUCCAAACUGCGCCGCUUGCACGCAUCACAACGAGUAUUUACUCCAGCACGCGACUGUGCUCUCGUGCAGCUCGUGAACGAGAUAUGCGAGUCUCGUGCCGAAGCUCUUCUCAGCUGUGAUCCUCUCCGCAUGGCGCCGGAGGAGUUUGCCCCCACAGAGGAGCAGCUCCGAGCCUUCCCCGCUCUGCGGGGUAUUCCUUUGGAAGCACUUCAGCGCCGCUUUUUGGUGCUCCGUAACUUUAACUGUCGUCUGCAGACUUCGCUAGCCUUCAUUGAUUUCUCGGCUCAAGACGAACGGUCGUUGUUAGCACGAGGCGCACGCGCUCUCCGCGGCGUGGUGUUCCAGCAUGUGAAGCUUGCAUGGUGGCUUGGUGUUCUUAAAGAGCAACAAGCACCGGCAGCAGCUCGUCCAGAAAUCGAGGUUGACCGUCAUCGUGCGCAUGACGCCUUAGAACUCUCGGAACAUGGUGAUCCCCUCGCUAGCGAAGCUGGUGAGCGUGACAGUGUGUUUGCGCAGACGUUUGAGCAGCUGCAUGGCCUUCAGCCUACUCUACUACGUGGAGCUGAUCGCGCUUUCAAGUGCCAGUUUGUAGGCGAGUUCGGUGACGAUUUCGGUGGUUUGUACCGCGAAUGCCUAGCUCAAUUGAGCUCCGAAUUGCAGACCUUCACGCCACUACUGCCGGUGUUGCGACCAUGCCCCAACGCUCUGAUGAGUACAGGCGAAAAUCGCGAGCUGUUUGUUCCGAAUUCACACCUUCGUUCAAACCCACGACGAGUGCAAAUGGCCGAGUUUCUCGGAAAACUUGCUGGUAUAGCGGUGCGUACCAAGACGCCUUUGGAUCUGAACCUUCCUCCAGUUGUGUGGAAGCUUUUGGUGGGGCAGCAGGUGGCACGCCACGAUAUUGAGGUCAUUCAUCAGGGCUGCUUCCAAGUGGUGGAUACGAUAGCUAACCUGGCCGCUCACGGUAUUACCGAGGCCAUGUUCGAUGAGAUCGUGGACGCAAGCUUUACAGUACUGUCGAGCACUCGCGAGACAGUAGAGCUUGUUCCAGGGGGAACACACUUGCAUGUGACUUGGGAUGAUCGCGAGGAGUAUGCGUGUGCAGUCGAAACAUACCGGCUAACUGAGUUUGCACCAGUGUGCGCGGAUAUGUCACGCGGAUUGGCAACAAUUCUUCCAGCCCCUACACUGGGACUUUUCUCGUGGCAUGAGUUGCGGACGCUUGUGUGUGGAAAGCCGUCCGUCGAUAUUGCUCUGCUACGACGACGAACCAUAUACGGUGACGGCUGUCAAGCAACCGACCCGCACAUUGCCUACUUCUGGGACGUUCUGGGCGAGUUCAGUGACGAGCAGAAGUCUUCUUUCCUGCGAUUCGUCUGGGGGCGAUCGCGUUUGCCGACGCAUGCUGCAGACUUCACACAAGACUUCAAAAUAUCAGGGUUGCCCAAGGCUGCAGGACGUGCCGACAUGUACCUGCCUAUUGCUCAUACCUGUUUCUUUUCCAUCGACCUGCCAGCCUACUCGUGCCGUGAAGUGAUGCAUGACAAGCUCGUGUAUGCCAUAACCCACUGCCAGUCUAUCGACGCCGACAACACGACCGUCGCUCAACGAGCUGGCCAGGGCAUCAACUGGACCAAUGCUGCCGCGACGGCAACGGCAACCGCGACCGCCGCAGUUUCCAGCGUUAUAGCAGGAAUGGCAACCAUAGUCGGCGAGUGA